AUGGAUAGUGACGAUUUCAAUAAUAAAAAGAAUGAUGAUUAUACAUUAGAAGGAGAUGAAAAUGGAUUUAGUUUUAAAGCCAAGAUUGGUACGACCAGCGAAGAGAAUCCGUUUGACUACGAUGCCUAUAUGGAACUAUUGGCAAAAUCUCUCGAUAAAGAGAGUCUUGGUAAUGAAGCUAACAACCCAUUCUUCCAACAGUUGAAGCAGGCAAUGGCUACCUACUCCUCAUUAGCCGGCAGACUUGGAUAUCUCACUGCUGGUUAUGGUGUCAAGGGCUUCAGAUUCUCUAAUUUUACUGUUUCACUAAAAUCAAUUCAAUCUUUCGAUGAUAUUUACUAUAUCUUUGAGAAGUUCCUGUGCAGUCCAAAGUCAAUGGACCAAGUUUAUGGUAAAGCCGCUGCUAAAUUCCCGUUUUGUCUAAAAAAUUGUACACAGGAAUUUUAUGUAUGUGAGGACUGUUCAAGCAAUCCUGGAGCUAUCUUGUGUGAAGGAUGUUUCAAGAAAGGUAAACAUAUAGAAAGAGGUCAUACCUACACCAAGCAAACAGCUCAAGGUGAUUCUGCUUGUGACUGUGGUAAGAUCGAGGCCAUUCUUCCAAGUGGAUUUUGUUGUGAUCACGCUACAACAGAAGGAGAGAGUGUCUAUCCAAUCGAUCUUAUAGAGCCAGAGCUUAAAAAGUCGAUUCAUCUUUUCAUGAGAUAUCUCAUCCAUUUCAUUUUAAAUGAGAUCCAAGUGUUGAUCGCUGCAAAAGGUGGUGAAGCUGCUCUGAACAAGGUUGCAAGACGUCUCUUGGAUAUCUGCCAAUGGUUGGUAGAGAUCUUCAAGCAAAGUUAUGUGAUCAUGUACAUUUUCGCAGAGGAGAUGUCAUUUCAAUCAUUGGAUCCCAGAACAUUUGACCAUUUGAAACCAACACCAUUGCCAUUCUUGGAACUUGAAGCUCUUGAUGAUCGUGAUGUCUUACCACCCAUUACCAAAGAGAAUCCAAUUGGUUUAGUAUUGAAGGGUGUCUUAGCCGAUCCUGACAUUAUGAACAUUGCCAAGUUAUUGUUUGAUCCUUUGUCCAAUAUCGUUCCAUUUAGUACAGUCUAUAUUGGCGAAAUACUCAAGGUUUACCCUCAACUAUCAAGCAAAACUGAAAAUAUAGCUGCAUUGACAUGGAAGGCUCUAAAUUCUAUUCCAAGUGUCAUUCCUUUGAUUACUAAAAGUCCUAGCCCAUCAAGCAAUCUCAUUCACAUUAUUUUAUCAUUUUAUAAAACUCUAUUAAAUAAGAAAGAUGUCUUUAAUUUAGAUGAUGCAAGUGAUAGAGAAUCUUUCAACAACUACUUGGCUCCACACAAUGAUAUAGUUGCUAUCUCUUAUUUUUUUGGAUAUUCAAAGGAGAUUGUCGAAUGGGUCUACAACAACGAUUGGAUUUUUGAAGAAUUCCUUGAAUUGUUUUCCAUAAUGCAAGGACUAGCCCCAAUUAAAAGACUAAAAACCAAUUCACCACAAGGUUCUCUUCCACAUCUUUAUUCUGUUUUGAGAUUGGAAAAUAUAUUCCAUGUUGCCGUUGGUAGUCUCUUUGAAACCAUUUUAAAGAAAUUAGAAUUACCAAUCGUAAAAUACAUACCAUUGAUUCUUAAAUAUGUAAAACCAUCAAGUAUAAAUUAUUUUACUUUUAACAAUUAUCAAUUACCAAGUAAUGAUCUUUUGAGUGGAAAAGAUAGUUUCUCUCUUCAUGCUCCUUUUGCUAGAUUAAUUCGAAAUGUGUUAUAUAUGGAAACAAACCAGACUCUUUUGGAAUCCAAACAACUGUUUAAUAAUGACCAAUUAUUAUUCCUUUUCAAUACUACUUUGGUACCAUCGGUUGUCAAAUUACAAUCUGUCAAUGGAAUAUGGGUAUUGAAUCAGAACGUUACAGAAUUCGUUUUAAUGUAUAAGAAUUCAAUGUAUCCAAUGGAUGUUAAUAACAAUCAACUUCUAUCUGUUUUAUUGGGUUCAAAUUAUUAUUUGAAUCUAUUAAUCAGUACAUCCACAUCAAACUAUAAAUCAACAAAGGAAUAUGCAUAUUGUUUAUCAGAUAUGUUAACUUGUCUUAUUUGGGUCCUCCAGUUUAGAAACAAUUCCAACUAUGAGAAAUGUCGUAAAUUCGCCAUUCAAAAUCUGAUUGCCAACAGAAAUAUACUACUUGACGAAUUGAAACUUAUACUAGUUGAAGAUCAAAUCAUGAGAGAAGCAGAAGCUUUGUCCUUGAUCAACGAGAUAGCCUUUACCACUGGAAAAGAUAAAUUCCUAAAGUUGAAGCCAGAGUACUACCCACGAUUCGACUACUAUUUCGAUGAUUACAUUCGUGGUGACUCUCAAGUUGCUCUAAAGAAUCUCAAUGAGAAUAUCAAGUCCGCCAACCCAACACAAUUCCCAGAGCCAGCAGUACUAGAUCGUCUCACUCCACAAUUUGAAGUGAUCAACAACCACUUCAAUGAACCAUUACUCUACGAUAUUGUGUUCUCUGUGUUAUUGCAAUACUCUCAUCCGAAAUUCAAGUUACAAUCAUCAGUUCCAGCAUUAACAUUUGAAAACUCUGACUAUUUCAUUCCCAAAUUCGGUUCCAAAGGUUUGGAAACAUGUGCCAGACACGUUCUCUAUAUUUUGGGAAUGGCACUUCGUCACUUUGUAACAAAGAAAAUCUACUCAUUAUCAGAUGAAUUACAAUCGAGUAUUGUUCCAACAAUCAAGUCUCUUUUGGCAAAAGAUCCAUCAAUCAAAGCUGAACCGCUCUCCAUUUUGAAUAUCCUCCAGGUGUAUCAAGUUGAAACCGAAGAUGGUGUUCAAUUGCUCAAUAUCCUUGAUUUGGUUUCAGAUAUCAACAAGAUCAUCGGAGACAAUCAUGAUUUAUCUUUGUUGGUCAAAUUUAUUUUGAAAACCAUCCAAGAGUUCAAUUCAGUCUUUACCAAAUAUGUAAAGGAGAGACAAGAAACAACAACAACAACAACCACAGUAGAUCAAAUCGAUAAAGAAAAGAAAACAGAAGAGAAUAUGAGCAACGAAGAUAAGAUGAUUGAAGCAUUAAAGAAAAGAAAGGAAAUGAAUGAAAAACUCCAACAACAAUCUUAA